AUGUUGAACAAGGUUCUCGCCGUAUCAGCGUUGGCUGCGUCAGUCCUGGCUGCUCCUCUUCAGCUCCCGGACACCAAGGACAUGGACCUGGUCACCGUCCUCAACAAGACGGCAGGGUUUCGCUACCUCAGCGAGAACAUCGGUCAGAUUCCCGCUCUCGCCAGCGCGUUGAACAACAUGACAAACGUCACUGUCCUCGCGCCUAGCGACAUCGCUCUGAGGCUCUUCCCGUGGGACACCCGGUACUACGAGGAAUGGGAGUUGGCCGGCGUCGACUACCUGCAGGCCAUCCUUGCGUACCAUAUCCUCGACGGCGUCCACACCAACCUGUCGACGACCUUUGCUCCGUACAAGACCGCCGUCAAGCAAAAGCCGUGGACCACGAUUCCCGGUGGCCAAGUCGUGCUGGGACGUUUCGACACGCGUACGUUUGAGACGGCGUUUGUCUCGGGGAGAGGAUACGUCGCCGAGGCCCCUACCUAUCUCGAGUACAAGGGUGGCAUCAUCUAUGCCAUUGACGACGUGCUCAACCUCCCUCAAGGUGUCGCUUACGAACUGAACGACAAGGCCGCGAAUGCCACCAGGUUCAUCGCCGCUCUCGGCCGUGCGGGUCUUUUGGAUGAAGUCGAGAGUCUCGACCGAGUCACCAUUUUUGCGCCGACGGACGAGGCCUUCCGACAGGUCGAAAAGGCCGUCUACGGUCUCAGCAAGGCCGACUUGGCCGCCACGCUUCGAUACCACGUCGUUCCCGACCAGGUUGUGUACUCUUCGGGUUGGAAGAACGGGACCACCUUCCAGACGCUGUCUGACGAGGAAAUCAAGAUCAACGUCCAGCGACGAAACUUCAUCCAGAACGCCCGCGUCCUUGGAAACGAUGUUCCCAUCAAGAACGGCGUUGUUCAUGUGAUUGACCAGGUCUUGAACCCCAAGUUCACCGUCAAGGCUCAGAACGCCACCCAAGGUGAUGGUGUUCCCGCAUUCCCUCUCGGCCCAGGUUUCUUCUAG